AUUGCAAACUGCACCAGCAGGAGAAAAGUAAGGCUUCAACUUCUAGAAAGAAGAAAGCCUCUCCUUUUACUUUAUCGCUUGAACCUGAAGUUUGAAACUAAAUUUCAAAGUUAUCACAAAAAUGCCUCCGCUACCGCCCAUCGAGGCUGUUGCCAGCAUUGGCAUUGGCCUGGUCGGCACAGUCUUCUUCCUCGUGUUUGGUCGCAUAGUAAACGAUAAACUGUCUGGAACUGGAACUGCGACUAGCACCGGCGGAGGAUCUACUACAGAUUCACAGGCUGCAGAUGAGUCGACAGGUGGCCCAUCUCGAAAACUCCCAACCUCCGGUAUCGAGGAAAUGGCUUUCCGAGAAGAGCACUAUAUCGAUCCGGACGAUCAAGCGAGGUUGAUGGCAAAGCUCCGCAAAGUUCAAUCCGGAGAAUUGUCGAAGGAGGAUUUGACGGAAGAAGAUUUAAGAGUUCUUGUUUUAGCUUUAUAAAUAUGAAUCCUAAGUCACUGUGACUGUGACUGUCUUGUCUGUGACUGAAUUUGAUUUGAGUAAUAAAUUCACUCGACGGAGGACGAGAAUUGUUCAUUCCUAAAAAUCGCCUCCAGGUGUAGAAGUACCAACUACAUCAAGUGAUCAUCUGUCCUUUUGCUUCUAAAAUUCGAAGCCUUGAUAAAACGAGAAAUCGCUAGACUGGAAGCUUUGAACAUGCUUGCGAAGGCAAAGAAGAAUAAAAGCGAACGGUACCUACAAGACCAUAUGCCUAGUGAAGAGUAUGGAAAGUUGCGUGAUUUUUUGAUGCAGGAUGAUGACGAGGAUGCAGGAAAAGGCGAUGAUGAACAAAAGGGAGAGAGCGGUGAAGCUGUUGCUGGUGGGCGCGGUGUAGGAGACGAGAAGAGGAAGAAUCUCGACAACAAAAAUAGAAUAGGAACCUCUACGAGCUCUACUGGCAAUUAUCUCAAUGACGAAGAGGAGGAUGAAGUCCUAGAGCGCCUAGCACGUCUUCGAAGAGUCGACUCUUUUCUGGAUCGUUACCUUCUCCAAUUCAUCCUGUUCUUCGGUUUUUGUGCAAUGCUAGCUCUCGCUGUGCUCUGCUUCUUCCUGUACAAGGCGUAUUACACGCAAGACGACAAGCUGAUCAAUAAAACCGUCGCGGCGUGGCGCGGCUACUCUCAGGGGGUCGUGAAAUCAGUGGCUGGGGAGGAAGGGAUUACUUAAGGCAGAGAAAGAGAUAGAGAUAUCGAUGUUCUACUUGCUUCUGUUCUGAGGAUGUGCUGCCUGCUUAUAUCGAUGUUCUACUUGCUUCUGUUCUGAGGAAGAUGUGCUGCCUGCUUAUAUCGAUGUUCUACUUGCUUCUGUUCUGAGGAUGUGGUGCCUGCUUAUAUCGAUGUUCUACUUGCUUCUGUUCUGAGGAUGUGCUGCCUGUAUUUCUGAAUAAUAGUGUACCUGCCUUACAGUUGGUUUUGGUACAACACAACAACAACAAGUACAAGUACUUUUUACAACUUAUUAGACACAUGCCGAAAUACGUCUUUUCUAAUCCAGUUUCUUACGAUCCGGUCUUCGCGCGCAGAUGACGACGAUUGUGAAGAGGGUUGAUACAGUCUUGGAGUCGAUGGCUGACAUCGUUUUGCACCAAUUCGGAAGGGACGUGACUGGAAAGAAAGUUGAAUUAUAGUAGCAUGAAGCUCAUUUUUCGUUGAUCGUUGACGUACCAAGGUUAGAAAAUAAGACCAGGACGGAACUUUUUCGCAGAUUGAAGGGGCUUCUUCGCAAUUGCUAGUAUUGCGAUUGACUCAUCGUAAAAUGUCUGAAAGAAAG